UAUGGCGUCCACGAGAACUUUUGUGUCGACUUCCGUGAUUUGGCGAAAUACAUUAUUGGGAAGGAAGGCGUAACCCUAUGCAGGCGUUUCACUUUCAUUUCUCCAUAAAGCAGUACAGCUCUGGAUCUAGACUGACCGAGUUCAUUUACCGAGAGAAAUCAAGUGAAGAUGAGUUCCAACGUAUCUAACUUCAUCAUCCAGACCCUGUGUGACAACCAGGGCAGUAUGGACUUCAAGAGCCUGAGUGAGAAGUUGCAGCAGAGGUUUACUGUCGCGGCCUCGAUCCUUCGCCAAGUGUUUUUGGAAAAUGAGCAAAUAGCCGUGCUUCCAGGCGUGCUUGCUGUCGGUGCAGGUCAAAUACUCAGCCCGGACAGCGUGAUAGUGGCUAAAACUGCCCUACGGAUCUGCCAAAGGAAUCCUAGCGAUUGUACACAAUGCCACAGUUUGCACCUGUGCAAGUUUUAUGUUUUGGGGACCUGCGCGUUUGGGUUCAGGUGUAAAAAUCCACAUGGGUUGACCGGGCCACACAAUGUAGCACUGUUGAAUAAAUUCAACCUCCAACACCUGACAGAUAAACAGCUGUUCCAGCUCUUACUACAGAAUGAUCCCUACCUGCUCCCUGAGAUAUGCUCACACUACAAUAUGGGCAAGGGCCAGCACGGUUCGUGCAAGUUUGCUUCUGCAUGCACCAAGCUUCACAUUUGCCAGCCCCAUUUGACCGCGGGAGCCUGCAAACUGGGCUCUUCCUGUUGCAGAAGCCACAAUAUGGAUGUAAAGUCACACAAGAGUUUUGAAAAAUGUAGUCAAGAGAUGGUUAACAAACUUCCAAAAAUCUACAAAAAUAAAUGUAUCAUCACUGAUCAUCAGAGCCCAGCUUCUGCUUCUGCGGGGGCUUUGAGAGGUCCUGCUCGGCACCUUCCAAGCAGCAAACCAACUCCAUCUGUGGGGACAGCUCAACCUGCCAGUGAUCCCAACAGGAAGGACAUCUGCCUCUUCUUCAUCUCUAAACGCUGCAGCUUUGGCGACAAGUGUAUCUAUGACCACUGGCACUUGCCUUAUAGAUGGCAGGUUUUAGACAGUGACGGUGUGACCUGGAAAGACUUGACCGAUAUGGAGGCGAUUGAGAAGGCCUACUGUGACCCAGCACAGGAGUCAAUCUGCGUGGACCAGUCACUAACACUUGAUUUUUCCUUCUUGCGGCCAAAAAAAAACAGCAGACUAGUGGACUUCAUGAGGAUGACAUACAAAGACUCUGAAGUGCGUCGCCUGUCUACAGCCUCCUCUGUCAUGAAGCCCCCUCAUUUCAUUCUCACAACACAGUGGGUCUGGUACUGGAAGGAUGACAAUGGUAAAUGGAAAGAGUUUGGCCAGAGUGAUGUCAACAAGCCGGCUUGCCUCACUUCUGAAACUUUGGAGAAAAUGUACGCAGCGGACCAAACUACACAGAUUUCUUUCUCUGCUGGCGACCAACAGUAUGUAAUGCACUUCAGCGGUGAUGAAGCAGGAACUCAGAGGAUGUAUCAGCAAAAUGUCAAAUAUUUGACCAAGCGGGAGGUCAGGAGGAGGCCUUGCUUUGUGUCAGCGCAUGAUGUGGAGGACAAGCGGCAGCGCUCCAGUUCCCUCAAAGCAGAAUUCCCCGAAUACUGGGCCAAGAAAGCCCUGCCUGACAUCGGAUACAAGUUCGUUCCUCUCCCCAUGUGUACCGAGUAUCACAAGAUUGAAUGUUUGUUCAAGGCAACAAUGCCAAAGAGUACCAUCAAGAGCAUCAGGAGGAUUCAGAAUCCAUCUCUGUGGACUGCCUUUCAGUGGCAGAGAGAGCAGAUGAAGAAGAGAAAUGGAGGGAAACCUGUCAAUGAGCAGUACUUGUUCCACGGGACAAGUGAGACCCUGAUUGAAGCCAUCUGUGAGCAAAACUUCGACUGGAGGAUGAGCGGCGUCCACGGCACCGCCUACGGCAAAGGAAGCUACUUUGCCAAAGAGGCCUCGUACUCACACCGCUAUGCCACAGCCAGAGAUGGUGUGAACAAGAGUAUGUUUGUGGCUCUGGUCCUGGUAGGGGACUACACACAGGGACAAAGCAGCUAUGUCCGACCCCCACCUAAAGGAAAGAGCACAGCCCUUUAUGAUAGUUGUGUUGAUAACGUCAACGACCCAAAGAUCUUUGUCAUCUUUGAAAAACUUCAGAUGUAUCCUGAGUACAUUAUUGACUACUCUUAAAGUAGCUGAAGCAUAUACUAGUAGGGGUGCAGCAGGGUCAUUGGGGUGCUUUUCUUGCUCAGCUUGGGGAAAUUAAAGGCUCUGGUGUGUGUGUUUUCAUUUAGAACUUGCAAUAUAAUGGGUUCACACUUUUAUUAUAGUGGGAUGUCACUUAACUGCGUGUCAGAAUGUAUUUCAAUGAUUAAAGUGGUAAAAAAAAAAUAAACAGAUACAACUGCAUAUUAAAAUAAAGAGGAGCGCUUCAAACAUUACUGCGGGAUAAAACUGCAAAAACGACAAUACAUAAUAAAUACGGAUAAACUUAGCUACAGUGGAACCUCUACGCAAUUAAGGUAUUCCACUUGAAAGGCUCCUAUGCAAGCCCGUUUCGCCAAUGAAAGAAAAAAAAUAUCCCGAUCAGAAUUACAGCCUGAAAUAAAAAGUCAAAAUAAUAAGAUAAAAUGUCAUAACUAUAAGAUAAUUAUGAGAUAAAAACUCAAAAUUCUGAGAUAAAAUGUCGAAAUUUCAAUAUAAGUCAUAAUUAAGAGAUAAAAGGUCAAAAUUGACAGUUAAAAGAUAAAAGGUCAAAGUUAUGAGAUACAAACUGCGCUUGUAGUUUGUAUCUCCUACAUAUGAUUUUCUUAUCUCAUAAUUUUGACUUUUUAUCUCAUAAUUAUGAGUUACCAUUGAGAUUUUUUUUUUCUUUCAGUGGCGGAAACGGGCUUCCAUAGGCUCCACUGCCAAUUCCAAUGUUACUACAUAUGUGCAAAGUCCCCGUCCUCGUCAAAAAAAAAAAAAGCAUAAAACUUUCUGGUUCAUUGUUAAAUGACUUUUUU